AUGUUUUUGAUAAUUUUUUUUUAUUUAGCAUCAUCUUAAUGCCCUUAUUAGAAUUUCAAUCAAUCCUAAUUAAAUAGUGAGAAUUUUUAUGAAGAAAGAAGCUAUGUAAGAGGAAAUCCUUAUGCAUUUGGAGUAUGGAUUCAAUAUGCUCCUAUUAGAAGAAAUAAAUAUUUAAAUUAAUCAAAAUCAUAUUUUAAUUAACAAUAAUCCUUGGAUGGUUUUCAUAUAUUGAAUUUCUAAAGUGACUUAAGAAUUUAAACUUUAUUUUAUUAAAAAUGGGUUUAUAAAACAACGAAUCCAAUUUUAGUUAUUUUAUAAAGAGCUUCAGGAGCAAUCUAUCAAUAUUAGUUUUAACAUGACAAAAACUAUUAUGAGGGUUAUUGGAUUUUUACAUAUUUUAGUUUUUUUUACGACAAUAAAUAUAAUUUUGUUCAAUAUCAUACUGGAGAUAAAUCUUUUGGUAGUUACUUAGUUACUAAUAGAAUUUUAAGCACAUAAACAACCAAUGCCAAAUUAGAAUAUGGAGGAUAGGGUUAAUUUAAGAUAGGAUCUCUUGAUUAUAAUUUUAAUAUCUUUUCUGGAAGAAUUUCAAUUAUUACUAUCUUUUAGGAUUAAAUAUUAUUUUUUAACACUAAUGAAAAAUAAAAGUUUGUGGAUUUUUUAUCAACUUGUUCAAUUCCCUAAUUUUGUUAGAAUGAAUAAUAAAUCUUUUUAUCUAAAUAACCAUGUAAUAUUUAAAAUUGCACUUUGCAUCAAUUUACUGUUGAUAAUACUGGAUUACAAUAUAUGUUUGAUUUUUGGAUCAAAAGAGGUGCUGAAAAUUUAAAUUCUUUAAGAGAAAUGAUACUUAGUUUAUGUGGAAGAUAUUAAAAUAAUUUAAUUUACAAUUAAUUCUUUUUAUUUUGGAUAAAUCAAGAGAAAAAAGUAAAUUUAACUCACCAUUUGGAAUUAAAUAUAUUACCAUAAGAAAUACAGGCAUUAGAUGAAUUACAAAUUUAAUGGUAAUUAUCAAAAAACAUAUCCUAUUUUGAGAAAUGGGUUUAUUUAAAUUAUGAACUUUAUUAAGAUGGAUAUUAUUAAAAUUUAAUAUUGAGAAGUUAUUAUUCUUGUUGUAAUAUUUGGAAUUAAGACUAAAUAUUAUAAAUAAAAUCAUAUCGAUUUUUUACAAAUUACCAAAUAUCUAUAUCUACUUCAAUGGCAGGAUUCCAGAACACCCCAUAUUUUGUUUAAUUUUAAGGCUUAAUUUCAAAUUUUCGUUUAAGAUACUGUUAUCCAACUAAUAUAUAAUUUAAUAAUCAACAUAAUUUAAGUAAUAAGAAUAUUUAUAAUAGAUUGCCAUGAUUUAUGUAAAACUUGUAAGGGACCAACAGAGUUUGACUGUUUAUCGUGUUAUGAAGAAUAAAAUAGAGUUUACUUAUCUGACUAUAAUUUAUGUUUAUGUUAAACUGAUUAUGUAGAAACCUUAGAUUUAGUUUGCAAAAGUAUUGAAUAUAAUUAGAUAUUAGAAAAUUUUAAAAGUACAUUGGCUUAGGGAUAAUCAUAACAUAAAGAAUAUAUCCUAAGAUAAAUCUAAAUUUCCACUAAGUGUAAUUAUGGUGAAUUUGAAGCUUGGAAAGACAAUAAAUUUUAUGGAUGUAUUUAAUGGUAUUAAAAAUUUAUAAUUUAAGCCCUUAUUUUGGUUAAAAUAAUUAUAGAUUGCAAUGUAUUAACUGCUUAUUAAAUUCUUAAAAGUGGUAUGUAUUACCUAUAUGUAAUAUUGAAUUUUAAAGUGAUGACUCUUUUUUUUAUUUUGAUGAAUAUUUAGAUUAUAAUUAUUAGGAAUUGUUUCUAAUAAAUUAUGAUUUAAUGUCUAUUGAAUUAUGUAAUGGUUGUGAUAAAGUAAUUUAAGAAAAAAACUCUAGAACAAUUAUCAGAAAUCUUAAUGGCUAAAAUAACUUUUAUUUAUGCAAAUAAAAUAUGUAUUCUUAUAAUAAUGCUUGUAUACAAUGUGAUCAAUAAUGUAUUUAUUGUAAAGAUGAUGGGAUUUGUUUAGAGUGUAAUAAAGGAUUUUAUUUGAAAAUGGAUAAAUGUCAUAAUUGUCCUGAAUCAUGUGAUGAAUGUGUUUUUAAUAGUGAAAUUGAUUAAAUAACAUGUAUGAAAUGUUAAAAUAGUCAUAAUUUACUUAAUUCUAUCUGUAUUUAAUGUGGAUACCUUUGCCGAUCAUGUGAAAGAAGAAUCAAUAAAAAUAAUGGAUAAGAAUAUUUAAAAUGUUUAGAAUGUCAACAAGAUGCAUUUAUAUCACUUGAUGGAGUAAACUGUUAUUUAAACCCUCUAAGUAAUUGCAUUUUACCAUUUUAAUACUCUUUAAACAAUCCUGCUAAUAACAUUUUUUAUUAUGAAUUUAAACCUGAAGAAUAAUAAAAUAUUAAGACAGCUUGUAGUUUUUGUUCAAUAUCUUCAUAUUUGGAAGCUUAUGAUAAUAAAUAUUUCUGUACACCAAUUUCAGAUUCUUGGAAUUAUACUGGCUGCAUAUUGCUAUCAAAAUAAAUAGGAGAUGAAUUAACUUGUUUAAUUGGAAUAAAGGCCUUAAUGCCUCAACCUUAUAUUGGAUAUUGCACUUAAUAAAUUCCAUAUUGUGGAGCUUGUUAUUUUGUAGAUUGGGAAACGAGUAAUUUUUGUCUACUUUGUGAAAAUGGAUACUAUAAUGAUUAUUAUACUAGUUAUUGUAAGCCUUGCCCAUCUGAAUGUACCUUAUGUGUAGAAACAGAUUCUUCUAAACUCUUAAAAUCAGCUAGUUCUGUGGUCAUAUAGAUUUUACUAAACGAAGCAUUAAUUAAUUAUAAUGCUCUGACCAGAAAUCCAAAUUAAAAUGAAGUUAGAGUUAAAUGUACAUAAUGUUAAGAGGGUUAUGAGAUUUAUUUUGAUAAAUGCAUAGAAUAAUGUCCUAAUAAUUGUAAAUCAUGUAAAAUUAUUGAUUACAAACAGAUUUGUAUUACAUGCAAAUAAAAUAUUGAUUAAAACAGAUAAAUUUAUAAUGGAAAAUGUAUUUAAUGUCCUUAUAAUUGUAAAUUAUGCCUUCCAAGAGAAGAUGAAGAUAAAUACUCUAUUAAUCCUUAUUUUAAUAAUAGUAAUUUAGAAUAUUUUUCUCAUGCAUGUGUUUCUCCAAGCCUUAAUAAUUUAUUUUAUGACUAAGAUAUUAAAUAAUUUAUUGAAUGCUAAAAUUCCAUUCUUAAUUGUUAAAAAGAAAUAUUGAUUGAAAUAUUUUUGUAUUGCAAUUAAAUUGAUUUAGAAAACUAUAUAAAUUUAUUAAGUGAUGAAGAAAAAAUAAUUUAAAGUAAAUACCAUAUGCUUUUGGAAAAUUUUGAUUUAUCUCCUUUUGAGUAUGAUGAUUAUUAUUAUUAUCUUAGCAAAGAUUAUGUCAAAAAGCUUACUUAUUAAUUUAAAUUUAUCACGAAUCAAAAAUGUUUUAUUAAUAAAGAUAUAUAGUUUUAUUCAAAUUUACAGAAAAAUUGCUUUAAUUUGAUCGAAUUACACUUAAAUCUUGAUGGAGCCAACAGCAUCCUAAUUGUUAAUGGAUUGUUAGAGUUCAUCAAUUUUUAGCAAAUCAAAAUUAGUGCUGUUGAAUUUCAGAUGUAAAAAGGAUAAAUUUAAAUAAGAAAUAAUAAAGGUUUUACUUUAAAUUUGGCGAAAAUAAAUAUUUUUCUUGAUGAUAAUCAUUUCUCUCAAAAUCAUUUUUUAAUAUCACUAAUAGAGGUUUCUUAACUUUAUAUUUCAGAUCUAUUUAUAUACAAAGCUAAUUUAUAAAAUAAAUAUGGGUUAUUUUUAAUUACAAAUCAAAAUAUUUACUCAAAAUUAACACUAAUGGGUUUAAAUAUAAAAGAAUCUUGUUUUUAAAAUACUUUUCUCUUUCAUAUUAACUCCACUAAAUUUAUAGAAAUUUUAUUUACUCAAAUUCAUAUAUCAGGAUGCUAAUUUAAUAGUUCAUCACUUAUCUCCAAAUCAACAAAAAAUGAAAAACUUAAAAUCGAUUAAUUACUUAUUGAAGAUUCCAUAAUUAGAAACACUUUAUAUUUUUUAGAUUGUUCUGAAUUAUAAAAAAUUGAUUUAUCUCAUGUAUAAUUUAUUGUUUCAAAAUUAAUAGAUUCUAAUUUUAUUGAAUGCUCAAAUUUAUUUUCAAUCAAAGAAUUUAAUAUUGAAAAAUUAUACAUUUAGGGAUAAUCAUCUAUUUUUAUCAACCAAAAAUCCUCAAAGCUUGAAUAAAUUUAAAUUGAAAAUGGAAGAUUUAUUGAUAAUACUUAUUCAAAUAUGCAUGCAUUUAUGUUCCUAUAAAAUUAUCAAAACAUUAAUUUUACAAUAUUUUUCAAUAACAUUCAUAUUAUAAAUAAUUCUCUAGAUUAUUUGAACAAAGAAGAUUAAUUUGUAAAAAAUAUUGAAUUAUCAAUAAUCUAUAUAGAAGCAACAAAUGUUAUAUUUGAAAAUUUAAUGAUUUAAAGAGGAAUAGGUUUUUCAGAAAUUACCAUUAAAAAUAGUCAAAAAUUUUAAUUCCUAAACUCUGAAAUUACUUUGUAUCCAAAAUAUUAAUUUAAGAGCCUUUUUUAUAAUUAAGAUUGUGUUUUAUCGUAAUUCAAUAAAUUUCUGUACAAUAAUUUACUCAAUUUCCAAGAAGUAGUAGCAAUUUUUAUUUAAAAAAUAAAUGUAACUAAUCUUAUUUUAUUUGAUUCAGUUUUAUUUGAAAUUCAAAUGCCAUAAUAAAUAUAUUCAUAAUUUCAAAUUAUUGAAAGUAACUUCGAAUCAAACAUUAUUCAUUAAAUCAACACAUUUUAAAAAACUUCACUUAUAUCAAUAACUUCAUAAAAUUAAAUGGAUUUAGUUUUAGAUAAUGUUUUUUUUUCUAAAAAUUUAUUAAACUUACUAAAAGACAGUUAACCAACGCAAUAAAGUUUAAUUUUGAUUGAUGCAUUAUUGUCUUCUAUAGUGAUAAAAAAUUGUCUUAUAGAGAAAAAUUUUAAUUUAAACGGUUAAGGAUCUAUCCUUUAUAUAAAUUCUGAUACAAUAUUAAUAAAAAAUAUGAGCUUUUUAAAUAAUUCAGUGUUUUGUUAUGAUACAAUUAAAUAAUUUCUUAAAUUUGGAUUUAAUCGAACUAUUUAUUUAGAAGAUUUGUAGAAUAAAUAUAUUGUGGAAAGUUAUGGAGGUAAUGGUUAUAUCCAAACAAGAGUAAUUAAUUUUGAAAACAUUAAUAUAGAAGGUUCAGUUUCAAAAUAUGGUGCUGCAUUUGUUUUGAAUUUGCUAGAAAAUGGGAAUGUUAAAAUAAUCAACUCUUCUUUUUAUAAUUUGGGAGCUGUUCUUAAUGAAUAAUCAAAAGGAGGAGCUUUUUACAUUUAGUCAUAACAAGAGUACUUAAAUAUAGAAGUUAUUAAUACAAAAUUUGAUAGAAUCUCUGCAAGAAAGUCUGGAAGUAUUUUUUACAUAACUCCAUCAACAUAAUAAUUUAAUUUUUCAAUACUCAAUUCAACUUUGUCAGAUAUUUUUUCUAUUUAGGGUGGAUUAUUGUAUGUAGAAAAGUCUUUUCAUUCAAUCUAAUUAUUUUAGAUGAAGGAUUGUAAACUUACUUAAAAUAUUGGAGAAUUUUUUUAAUUUAUAAAUUCUUUACAGUAAUUAAUCAACAAUGAAUUGUCUACUUUGAUUUAAGACUACACCUUCAUUUUUUGUUUUGAUUGCUAAAUAUAAAUAAUGGAUUUUUCAUUAUCAAAUUAUCCACCAAUACCAUUAUUUUAAUUUUAUGGAUAUACAAGUAUAAUGAAUGUUCAGAUAAGAAAUAUUAUCUUUUCUAAUUAAUUAAUGUAAUUUGUCUUAGUAAGUUAAUCUGAUAAGGUAUUUAUUAAAAAUUUAGAAAUAAAAUAUUGUGUUUAAAUUAAUAUAACUGAGUCUAUAAUUCCUAAAAAAUAAAACACAUAAAAACAAAUUUCUUAAUUAACUUCAGAAUGUUUUACUUAGGAGCUAGAUGCUCCAGAAAGCAUUUUACCUUAUUUUUAAAGCAAUUCUAACAUAAAUUAGAUAGCUUUUUUAGAAAUAUUAUUAAAUUAUGUUAAAUAGUCAACAAAUUCUUUAAUAUCUUUUACUGACUUUGAAAUAUCACAUAUGAUAUAAUUAGUUAAUUUAAAUUUAGAAAAUAUUACUUGCAAUAAUUGUUUGAAUGGUUUAUUAAGUUUUGAAAACAACUAUAAAACAAGUAUUGUAAUUGAAAAAAUAAAUAUAUUAAAUUCAAAUUGUGGUAAAAAUGGAUGUGUCACAUUUAUGUUAUAAUCGGAAAACCAAAUCAACCAAUAUUCAGAUUUAUUAGGAUCCUUUAAUAUCUAGACUUAAAUUAAAAUAUCAAACCUUUUGUGCUAUUAAAAUUUUGCAAAAAAUGGAGGUUGUUUAUACAUAGCAGAUUAAAGGAUAUUAAUUACUUCAAGCAUUAUUUUAAAAAAUAAGGCUGAACACGGUGGUGCUAUAUUUACAAGAGGAAAUAAUACACUUUUGAUUUCAAAAGAUGUGUUUAUUUUGAAUAAUUCAGCAUAAUUUGGAAGUGGAAUUUAUAACUAAGAUAAACUGAAAAGAAAUCUUAAUGGAAUAUAACUCUUAAAUAAUAAGUUUUAAAAUUAUUCUAAUCAAAUUGAAGAGUAUCCCUAAUAAAUAUAUUUAUAAAUGUUUGAUAAUAAAAUGUUAAUUCCAAAAGUUGUAUCCUCAACUAUCAAUUAAUAACAUGCUUAAAUUAUUUCCUAAAAUGGGCAAUAGCCAAUAUUUCGAGUACCAACUGGUAUUAAAAUAGCCUAAUAUAGAAAAUUUGAAAUAAAGAAUAACCAAUAUAGUUAAUAAUCCAUAUCAAUGAAAUUAUUUGCUAUUAAUUAAUAAUUAGAGAUAGUAAGAAAUCUACAUAAUACAUAUUGUGAAUUGUCAAUUUAGAAUUUAAAUUAUUCUACUGAAUAAGUUGAAAAUAUAAAUUUAAGCUAAAAUAAAUUUUAUUUUAAUGAAACAACAUUUGCUUAUGAAUUAGAUGAUUUAAUAUUUUAUAUACCAUAAAAUCCUGAAAUAAUUUAUGAAUUAUCAAUUUAAUGUAAUAGUAUAUUUGUUCCAAUAUUGAAUUAAUAACACUAAUUAAUUGAAAAGUAUAUAUUUUAGUUUAUUUUAGUUUUCACCAAAAUUAUUUGUUGACCUUAUUAAUUUAGCCAUUAGAAUGUCAAUUAGGAGAAUUUAGUUAAAAUAUUAAUGAUUAUUGUCAUUAGUGCAGAGUGGAUUUAAAAUAGUACUCUGUAUCGAUUCAAGCUACAUAUUGCAAAAUUGUUGAUGAUUCUAAGAUUUUAGAUUUCACCUAAGCUCAAAUUUUAUUGAAAAAGGUUAAAAUUAUUAAUUAAUAUAAUAUAGAAUUAUUGGAGGAUGCAUGUCACUUCUUCUAUCAUAUAUUUAUGCUUAAAUAGAUAAGAAAAUUGUGUGGGAGGUUGGGGAGUUGGAAAUAAAUUAUGUGUAGAAGGAUAUAUAGGUGCACUUUGUGAAUAAUGUGAUUAUUAUAAUAUUAGAGGAGGAGGACAUUAUCAAAGAGUUCAUUAGUUUGAGUGUUAAAUCUGUGAAGAAUUCAAUUAUGGCUACUUAAUUAAUCUCGCUAUUUUAAUUUCAUUGUAACAUUAAUAUUUAAAUAAGAUUUGCUUUGUUGUUCUAUAUAAUUAAUUAGCUUACUAAAAAAAGAAAUUAAAGGAUUCGCCAUAAUAUUUAUUUACUUAAAGAACCAUAUAAAUCAUACUAUUUUAAAUAAUCUGA